CCCUGCUGCCUUGUACAGCCUGAAUAAGAGCCAGCCAAAAUAGCAGGCUCUGAUUGCUCUCCAGAGGUGCAGAGAGGGAGGAAUCCACCCAAGGCUGUCCCCCACCAGCCUGUGCAAUGGGACUGACGGGGUGUAGCAGCAGAGAUACUCACCUGCACCCUAAACAGCUUUCAGGAACCAGUGGCUGGGCCAGGCUGUGGAAGAAAUAUGGACCUCGCUUACCUCUGAACGAUCUUUGCUUAUAUGUUUCAUCUGCUGACAUCAAAGAGCAACUCAAUACAAUAGGGCUGAAGUAUCAGGUCUAUGAGCUUCCAUCCACUAUGGACAUAACUAAUUGUUUUAUCAAAGGGAACAAAGAGGGGGAGCUGCUGCUGGAUUUUUUGACAGAAACCUGCUAUUUUAGUAAAACUGCUAGUCUAGACCUAAAAAAUGAAAUAAUGGAAGAACUUAAAAAGCCUGAAUGCAGUGAAGAGAAAGAUGGAAAGGUUUUUUUUAACAACAACUUGAGUGCAAUAGUGAUUGAGCCAUGACUAAGAUCUACUGGAUUUCUCAGUUCAGAAACAAAUGAUCAUAUACAAACAGUUAACCACUUAAAUGUCUCUGUGUGUUUCAUACUCUACCAAUUAAGUUUACUAGGGUAUGUCUGAGAAAGUUUAUAAACAGUUAGGAAAUUAAUAUUAAUAGGUGUAACAAAUGCACGUUAAUACAUUACUAAUUCUUCAAAAAUCUAUUAAUAUAAAACUUGCUAUUCAGCAAGUUCUACCUUAUAAAAUGCAGUUCUUUAAUCAGAAUUCAGAUAACUAGCACCAUUAAUCAAAGCCCAGCAAAUACAAAACAAUGCACUUCUGAUGGAUGGGUAAGGAGUAAUACUGACCUUGAACAGAUAUUGUUAUAAUUUAAAUAUGCUAUCCAGCCAAAUAUUUUUUUAACUGAAGUAUGUUUGGAAAUCUCCAGUAGAACUCCUCAACCUCGCUUACAAAACUCUUCCCCCAUAACUACCGAUCCUUGGAUUGGUUCCUCUGCUACUGAUGUGGUAUUGAAGUUGUUGCAACACUGCCUUCAAAACAACAUACUUCUGGUGAUCUUCUGUAGGCAUUAAUUGCAUGCAUCUGCUGCCCUACUAAUCAACACCAUCUCAUAGCACUGCUCCCCUGGUCACGUAUUUUAUUUUAUAGCUUCUCUUCCCCGUGAAUCAGAUUCAUAUACACAGCAGAGUCUGGAGAGAUAAAGCUAUAGCUCUCAUAGACCAUUUCUCAAAAUGAACAGGCUCCCUAGGCAAUGGUGAUCAUAACAUCCAUAACAUGCAGAACAUAUUGGCUCUUCACAUCAGAUGCCGAGAUCUCUGCAGCACUGGAUUAGAGAACAAGGUAGUAUGCAAAUCCUUAGUAGGGAUGAGUUGCUGCUGAUCUUUUAAACCAAAAUGUUGUCUCAUGUUUGUAUUUUCAGUUAGAGAAAUACGUAUUUUCCCUCAUUUCUCUUAACUCUUGUGUAACAAGGGCUACAUGUGUCUGGUGGCCUCCAUAAUGUACAAGAUGUAAAAAUAAAACUUAAAGGAUGAAACAGAAAUGACA